AUGUUCCGUCACGGCGCCCGCACCUUCGCAACAAGCGCACAGCGCCUAGCCACCGCCGCCGCCGAGCCGACACAGCACCUGAUCGGAGUGUCCAGGGCGCAAGGGGUGGCCAAAGGCUUGACUGGAGCCAUCGGCAAUACCCCGCUCAUCCGGCUCAACCACCUCUCCAACCAAACCGGCUGCGAAGUCCUAGGCAAAGCCGAGUUCAUGAACCCAGGCGGGUCAGUCAAGGACCGGGCCGCCCUCUACGUAGUCCAAGACGCCGAGGAGCGCGGGCUGCUACGGCCAGGAGGGACAGUAGUGGAGGGGACGGCGGGCAACACGGGGAUCGGGCUGGCGCACGUGUGCCGCAGCAAGGGGUACAAGCUGGUGAUCUACAUGCCGGACACGCAGUCGCAGGGCAAGAUCGACCUGCUGCGGCUGCUCGGGGCCGAGGUGUACCCGGUGCCGGCGGUGGCGUUCGACAACGCGCAGAACUACAACCACCAGGCGCGCCGCCACGCCGAGCGCCUCGACAACGCCGUGUGGACCAACCAGUUCGACAACGUCGCCAACCGCCGCGCCCACAUCGAGACGACGGGCCCGGAGAUCUGGCACCAGACCGCGGGCAAGGUCGACGCCUUCACCUGCUCGACCGGCACCGCCGGCACGCUGGCGGGCAUCACGCGGUACCUGAAGGAGGCGUCGGGCGGGCGGGUCAAGAGCUUUUUGGCGGACCCGCCGGGCAGCGUGCUGCACUCGUACAUCAGCUCGGGCGGCAAGCUGAUCGAGCGCACGGGGUCGAGCAUCACCGAGGGGAUCGGGCAGGGCCGCAUCACGGACAACCUGGCGCCGGACCUGGAGCUGGUGGACGGGUCGCUGCACAUCAGCGACGAGAAGAGCAUCGAGAUGGUGUACCGGUGCCUGGACGAGGAAGGGCUGUACCUGGGUGCUAGCUCCGCGCUCAACGUGGUCGCCGCCAAGGAGGUGGCCGAGAAGCUGGGCAAGGGGCAUACCGUGGUGACGGUGCUGGCCGACGGCGCGUACCGGUAUGCCGACAGGUUGUUCUCGAGGCAGUGGCUCGAGACCAAGAAGCUGCUGUCCGCCAUCCCGGCGCAUCUGCAAAAGUACAUCGUCCUGCCAUAG